ACCUUUACCUUCGUGUCCUGCCUGAGGAACGGCUGGGUGUGGGACGCCGUGGGCUGCGUGUGGGACGGGUUUAGCAGCAGCCUCUUCGAGAAGAGUUCCAGUCACAAAUGCAUAUGUGAUGUAUUUUGGCAUUUACUGCUAAGAUGAAAUACAGGAAUGACAACUACACAUCCAUUUUAGUAUUCUCAGAUGUGAUUAGAUGUCCUUUGUCAUGUUUCUAUGCUACUGACUUAAUAUAAAAAACUUUAAAAGGGUAACAAGUUAAACAGCUAGGACCUGCAAACUCAGUGCUGCUGGAAGAACUGGAAUCACAUUUCAGCAGAGCUUCAGCCUAGAUUCAUACAUAUUUUCUUCAUCAGCAGCUGUUACCUGAAUCUUUACCUCCUACAAUGGCAGAUAAUCUUCCCACAGAGUUUGAUGUGGUUAUAAUAGGGACAGGUUUGCCUGAAUCUAUCCUUGCAGCUGCAUGCUCAAGAAGUGGACAGAGGGUUCUGCAUGUUGAUUCAAGAAGUUACUAUGGAGGGAAUUGGGCUAGCUUCAGCUUUUCAGGAUUGCUUUCCUGGUUGAAGGAGUGUCAGGAAAACAGUGACUCCAAGGAGGAAACUGCUGCUGCGUGGCAAGAUUUGAUCCAUGAAACAGAAGAAGCCAUUGCUCUUUGCAGGAAGGCUGAGACUAUUCAGCACACAGAAGUUUUUUGUUAUGCCAGCCAAAAUGCAGAGGACAGUGUUCAUGAGAUUGGUGCUCUGCAGAAAGAUGCUUCCUCAGUAUCUGAUACCCUCACCGAACCUCUGCAUUCUGCAGAAAUGCCUGAAGAAAGACAAUCAGACAUUACUAGCAAUGAAAUACCUGUUGAACAAACCCCAAGAAGUGAUAGCAAGGUUUCACUAGAAGAAAGUGAUACAGAGGAGUCACUAGACAAAGAGAAGUACUGUGGAGAAAAAACUUGUGUGCAUCCAGUUUCAGAUGGAGAUAUGGUUGAAAACAAACCUACAGUGGAAGACAGUACCAGUCAACCAAAGAGAAAUACAAUUACUUAUCCUCAAAUGGUUAAAGAAAGCAGAGGGUUUAAUAUUGAUUUGGUAUCAAAGCUGCUGUAUUCUCAAGGAUCACUGAUUGAUCUUUUAAUCAAAUCAAAUGUUAGUCGUUAUGCAGAAUUUAAAAAUGUCACUAGGAUUCUUGCAUUUCGGGAAGGAAAGGUAGAACAGGUGCCUUGCUCCAGAGCAGAUGUCUUUAAUAGCAAAGAACUCACUAUGAUUGAGAAGAGGAUGCUAAUGAAAUUUCUUACAUUCUGUUUAGACUAUGAACAGCAUCCUGAUGAAUAUCAAGAUUUCCAGCAGUGUUUGUUUUCUGAGUACUUAAAAACUAAAAAACUAACCCCCAACCUCCGACAUUUUAUACUACACUCCAUUGCAAUGACAUCAGAUUCAUCUUGCACAUUAGAUGGCCUUAAAGCAACAAAAAACUUCCUGCAGUGUCUUGGACGGUAUGGCAACACUCCCUUUUUAUUUCCUUUGUAUGGCCAAGGAGAAAUUCCUCAAUGUUUUUGCAGGAUGUGUGCAGUUUUUGGUGGCAUCUAUUGCCUUCGCCAUAAAAUCCAAUGCCUUGUAGUUGACAAAGAAUCUGGAAGAUGUAAAGCAGUUAUAGAUCACUUUGGUCAAAGAAUAAAUGCUAACUAUUUCAUUGUGGAAGAUAGUUACCUUUCUAAGGAAACAUGCUCAACUGUGCAAUAUAAGCAGAUCUCGAGGGCAGUGCUUAUUACAGAUCAGUCUAUACUAAAGACAGAUUCUGAUCAGCAGAUUUCCAUUUUGAUAGUACCUCCGGUGGAACCAGGAGCUUGUUCUGUCCGAGUCACAGAAUUAUGUUCAUCAACCAUGACAUGUAUUAAAGGUACCUAUCUAGUACAUCUGUCCUGUGAAUCUUCAAAAACAGCAAGAGAAGACUUAGAAUCAGUGGUGAAAAAAUUAUUCACCCCUUUUGCCGAAACAGAAGUAGAUGAGGAAGAACUUAGAAAGCCAAGACUCUUAUGGGCUCUUUAUUUUAAUAUGAGAGAUUCCUCAGGAGUCAGCAGAAGCUCAUAUUGUGGCUUACCUUGCAAUGUUUAUGUCUGCUCUGGGCCUGACUCUGGACUGGGAAGUGAGCACGCAGUCAAGCUAGCAGAAACAGUGUUCCAGGAGAUCUUUCCAAGUGAAGAAUUCUGCCCUCCUCCGCCAAAUCCAGAAGACAUUAUCUUUGAUGGUGAUGAUAAACAACCAGAUGUUCCUGGAACCAGCACUGUAACAGUGGCCAAGCUAGAAUCUCCUGAGGAAGGCGAAAACCUGGAGAGCCCCCUACAAAACUAGAAAAUAACCAACUGGAAAUACACUUCAUCUUGGCUUCAGAAUAUUCUCAUAUGAAGGAUGACUUUUUGUGUGACUAAUUAGGACUGGUUAUAUGUUGAAUGCUAUGCAGAUGUCUUUACAUUUCUUUGAGACAUUGGCUAUUGAAGGUCUUUGUUAAUAAGUAACUGAUUUAUUUGGUUAUUGGACUUUGUGUCUCAGAAUCAGCUCCAUGAUCUAGAGACUUAAAACAGGGUUAGCUUUAUCUGAAUCUUGGAUAUCUAUGUAAGAAAGAGUUCCAUAUUAGCAGCUUUGCCUAAAGGAAAGUGAAACUGUUACCAGCUACUGAUCUUCAUAUUUUAUCAUUGUCUACAGAGUAAUAAUAUAAGAAAUACGUUAGUUACUUUUGCAGCUAUUACUUUUGCUACCACAAAUAAUGUAUUAUGUGAGUUUUUUGUAUAUAAUAUAAUGUAGACUUGAUAGAACAACAUUUAAUGAAAGUGCCAGUAUAAUAACAAUACACUUGUCUAGUUGUUAAAAGAUUAGUUUUGCAUGGUCCUUUGUGAAGGCCUCAUGUUUACAUUUUACAGUUUAUUUGCCUACUUAGUCCUUGUAACAAAGUGAAACAAUGACACCACCAUAACCUUCUGCUUUACAAAAAGAAACUGAGAUUAGCUGAUAGUAGAACAACUCAUAUGGGGGAGAUACAUUGCAAAGAAAGUGCAGUGUAUAAGGUUAGUUGAAAAAAUGUAGAAUAUUACUCUGACACCUGAAUGAAAAGAACUUCCAACAAGUAAUUCUAGUGAAAAGAAAAAAGAAAAUAGAUUACCCUAGGGGAAGAUACUUCAGAUUGUUGUUUUGAAAUUCCUAAAAAAUUAGAAUGAAGCAUUUUUAACUUUGGGUUACAAAUGAUUUUUAAAGCUUUGUAAGUACAUUUUCUCCUCUAAGUUUCCUCAGGAUAGAAUGUACCACCUGUUGGCUAUUCCACUUUAAUUAACAACUUUUAAUUUGCAGAAUGAAUCAAAUUAGGAUUUAUUGUGCCCCUAACAGCAUUCAUAGUCACUUGUGCCUAUUGGCAGUUGUCUAUAGAAAAUAGAAGUAUUUUUUCCUUGUACGGUCAACAGAAAUCAUAAACCUGGUUGAAUUUCAGUGUUAACGACUUGCAGGACUGUCAGAAAAGGGAACCUCUUCCUCAUUCUGUCCCAUUUCUAUAUAUUGGGAAGAAAAUAAUCUUUUAGGAAGAGACCCUUCAAUAGUUUUUGCUCUGAAUUAAGCAUUUACUGUGCAGUAGGUAAUUAAUCUUGUGUUUUCCAUAGCUUUCUCAACAGCCUUGUGAGGGAGUUAUGACUUACUUUGAAACUAAUUUGUUGUGGAGAAGCCAAUAUUGGAAGCUUAUGUAGUCUUUCAUGAUCCCUAAAUCUUUUGUCCUUUCACUAAUGCUCACUGUUAGCAAAGUGUAGUUAUUAUAAAAGAAGUAAAAGUGCCUAGUGAGAUCAGUAUCUUGGGGAAAAAGACUACAAAUGCUGAUUCUACAGCAUAUUAUAGAAUCAAAGAAAUGUUGCGUGUACAUUUAGAGCUGUGACUCUUAAACAAAAUUUGCCUUUGUUAAUAGGCCUAUCUGAAGAUUGUGUUACCAAAAAUGUAAAUAAAUGAAGCUACAUUCUUCGAUUGCUAUUCUAUAUGUAAGGAAAAUGAGAGAAGACUGAUUUUAUAAGUAAUAGUUUACUGAAAGCAGAAAAGUUGUGGUUUGGUAUUAAUAUUGAUGUUUUAAAUGUAGUAAAGUCAUAUUGUUGGGUGAAUCUUAAACUUAUAACAACUAAAAUGUCUAAUAACCUACAAGGUAGCAAUUAAAA